AUGAAUAAAUAUAAAAAAGCAUAAAGAAAGGCAGAGCAGAAGAUGUGUACCUUAUCGGAAUGUGUUGUUGCCGUGAGGAAAAUAAUAAAAUAAAUACGCAAAGUUUGAGCCGCGAUUCGAAGACAAGUGAAAUAAACCAGUGCCACCAGGUAUCAUACCACCGAAAAACCAAAACAAACACAGCCCACAAGGAUAUUUGCAACCUGAGUGGCUGAGUCUCGGUUCUGACCUCCGAGGAUCGUCCGAGCGACAGCAAAUAAUGGAAAAUAUUGUCCUAAAAGAAGCAAUAAUCAUGGCCAACAGUAACAAUAUGUGUCGGCUGUGCUUAUCGGCCAACGGGAUUACGGAGCCCAUUUGCUACGACCAGCGUGAUCAGUUUUUGCUGCAGAAAAUCUACGAAUGUACUACGCUUCAGAUAUCGCCCCUGAAUGGCAUUCCCUCCUCGUUGUGCACCAUCUGCAAGACUCGUCUGGAUGAGUUCUACCAGUUCCGGUGGCAGUGCAUCAAGAACGAUGAAAUCAUUCGUCGGAUUGCAGACAACUUCCAAAAGCAGCCAACCGACGUGCAAACGUCACCACCACCGACGACGACGCCACCGUCGGUACCUAGUCAAAAUCCCAAACAGGAAGUAAUUGAUCCACACCCGGGAGGUGGAGAAAUGCAACAAGUUUCUUCAGCGGAUGGUUCUUCGCCUUCCGAGUACAACGCUGGUAGUGAGGAACGAAGAGCGGCGGAUGGACGAGUGACACCAAUCGGCUACGGAGCACAUACCGAACAAGUCAUAGGGGUAAGACCGGAAUCGGGUGGUUACAGUCUGGGGGAACAUGGUCAUCCCAGCCAUAGCCAGUACGUGACUGGCCCGGGCAUGGUCUCGUUUCAUGGUGAACAUUCAGUGGAAGCAUUUCAGUCGGAGAAUAAAUACCCACUGCCGCAUCAAUAUGACUUUUCGGAUUUUCGGAGGAAGCGUGGUCGCCCUCCGAAGCAAAAAUACGAUCAGUAUCACCACCCUAUCGUGAAAUACGGCGAGAAUUCUAUUGAUGAAGCCAAAGCACCGGAGCCUAUGGAAUCGAACGCGAUGGUUCAGGAACCGGAAACUAUUCUUACCUAUGGAGAGGGAACGUCCAGGAGUAGUGAUUACCAACAGGGACCGGUUUACGGCGAAUGGAGUCCCCAAGCGAAGAUUAAAGUGGAGCAGAUAGAUCACCAACAAGUUCGGUACGAUGAACAGCAGCAGCAGAUUUCACCGGAAGUGCAAAAUUUGAAAGUUCCAUCAACGAGUACGGUCCAAACCGUGCUGACACCGGAAGGAUUUGUGAAACGAAGUCGUGGACGACCUCCGCGUGAAGGCGGCUGUCCGAACCAGGAUCGAACGGAGUACCGAUUUCAGUGCCAAUUCUGCGACGCCAGGUUUAAAGCGGCCAUAAAUUUGAAAUUACAUACAAACACACAUACGGGCGAACGGCCGUACAAGUGUCAACUAUGCGAUAAGUCCUUCGCCCAUCCAAGCAAUUUAAGUGUUCAUACAAAGCUCCACACUCAGGAGCGAGUGAAACGGGAAGGUGUUCAAUCGGAGAAGAAGUUCCAAUGUCCCUAUUGUCACACGCUAUUUGCGCUAGCUUUUCAGCUCAAGAUCCACAUUAACACCCACACCGGACAGAAACCGUACGUGUGUAAGAAUUGUGGUAAGGGAUUCGCUCAGCCUAGCAACUUGCAUGUGCACAUAAAGAAGCACUGCCACAAACGAGUUGAGUUUCAUGCUCAGCAGGGCCAAAGUGAGCACCAUCCACCUCCAACACAUCUUCCACCCCAGCAGUUGCACCAUCAACAGCAACAGCACCUACCGCAACAUUAUCAACCCAUCCAUAUGCAGCAUCAUCCAGUGAUUCCACUCUCUUCGCAACCCCAACUACCACCACCGCCACCAUCCUCGCACCAUCAACAGCACUCUCCUCACCUGCAAACUCCCCAUACUUCCGAUCCCAGUGCAGUAAGUCACCCCCCACAACAUACAGUUGAACAUCCUGAACCGGUACCCGAGCAACCUCACCAGCAACUCCAUCAAGAACACCAAGAAACUGGUCCCAGUCACCAGGGACAUGCCAGCAUGGCUAUGGCAUCGGUUAUGUUAGUUUAGAAAAUCGCAAAGUUAUACUCUAUGCACAUGUUUAGUGUGCAAAACUGUUACAAUACAACAGACUAAUCGGAAAAUCAAAAAAUACGAUUGAAAAUAGUGUUCACUUCUUGGUCCAAAUCCAAAUCUGCAUGUAUCUAUUGUAGCGGUAGUUUUCUAGGUUAUAUUGAUUUGAAGAUGAUUAUCUGUUUUCGACGUACUAUUAUUGCAGCUAACAGCUAGGAUGUAGGAAUAACAUAUUAAUUUCUCUAUAUUUACAAUUCUACAAUUUGUUGAACAAAUAAUAAAUAACAAAACAG